CGCCUUCGAGAGCAGCCUGAGCUCGUACACAGGAGACGACCCGCUGGAGCCCUGGACAAGUUUGUGGAUUACCUGGAGCAGAAGUUACCUGCAGGCGGAGGCGGCGGCAUGUCGCUGGUGUUCGACAGGCUGGUGGAGAGAUUUCUGAACGUGGAGCGAUACGCAGACGACCUGCGAUACGUCAACCACUGCAUCCGAUGUGCGAGUUUUUACUCCGACCCCGUCGCCAUGUACGCUCACAUCUUCAGCAAAGGUGUCGGCAGCAGGACCGCCGCCCUGUACGUGGCCUGGGCUCAGCAGUUUGAGGAGAGAGGGAUGAACGAACAGGCCGACGCCGUGUACCAGAAGGCGCUGGAGAACCAGGCCCAGCCGGCCGACACUGUCCUCGACGAGUACAGACAGUUCCAGUCACGGAGCCGAGGUCAGGCGGCCGCGUCAGCCGGAGGUCGAAACCCGUUACAGAACUCCCAUUUAACCAACCAGAUGUCGACCCACAGAGAGCCUGCAGCUCCGGUCAAGGCGUCAGCUGACUGUCCGACCAAACCGGCCACCGUCAAAACCAUCAUAACCGUCUCUCGCUCGGAGACGUCCGGGGCGAUUCCCUCCGCUCAGAGCUCGGGCGUUCAGACUGUAUCCGAGUACAUGACGGACAAGCUCGUCUGCGAAGGCUCCGAACUUUGUUUCGAGGAAGUCCGAGCGGAGAAAUACUUCCAGAAGCUCCGGGAGAAACAAGAGAGCCAGCACGAAGAACUGGGCGAGACGACGAGGGAACAGUGUGAGGUGAAGAUGCUGGGGGAGCAGUACCAGAACAUGCUGAGCAUCAACUACAUCCUGGAGAAAGCAAACCAGGACCUGGAGCCACGGGGAGGGUUCACGAGCCAGGCGUCAUCACAGAGGCUCUCUGCAGACACUGAAGCAGCCUCUGCUCUGAGCACUAAUCCUACCCAGCAUUCCUUUGGGCGUCCUCGGCCCUCCAACCAUCUGAGCAGCAGGCGCUCUCUCGGCCUGAGGUUACACGCCGAACCGACCUUCGUCCACGAGACCGCCGAGCCGACGGAGUCCCUUCAACCCUCAGUGCUGCCUGACAGGAGCGUUCAUUCACCGCCACCUCUGCAGCCAGAGAGCUUCGAGCAGAUGAACGCGUCGCUCCACAGACCGGCCUUCGCCUCCGCCGUGAGCGCUGACGUCCUCCACCAGGACGGUCGAGUUCAGCCAGUCCGCUCGGAGCACGACGCCACACACGAGGUCACGGAUCGCCGCGCGGAGCCCGAGGACCGACUGAACAUGUCACAGGGGGGCACAGGUAACCUGUCUCACAUCACUCCUAACACCUCGCUGGGCUUUGUUCAGGCCACGCCGUCCCGGGUGUUACCGUCACCCACCGUCAACACGAGAGAGGCACUGGAUUUGAUCAUGGACAUGUUCCAGGCGCCGACUCUCCUCGAGGAUCCGUUCAACAACACGUCGGUGCUCCACGCUGAGAAGGACGCCGAGCACGGCUACCCGACAAACGGAGGCAUCUCCUCGUUCACUAAGCCGCCAUCCUCGGCGCCGUUCACGGUCUUCCAGGACGACAUGGACAAAGAAAACGGAAGCGCCGCCGCUCCGUCGGCGGCGGAGAAGUCUAGACCAAUCAGAGCUCUGGCUGAGAUCCCGACAUCCAACAAACCGAACGACACUCCUCCGACCCUGAUGCCGGAUGAGAGCACCAUGUGGGGCGCUCGCUACAACUCGCUGAACUCUCUGGCCGCGUGUCCGAACAGCACCACAGACUUCGCCAUGUUGGCUCAGUUUGUCUCCACGCCGUCCACGCACAAGACUCCGUCCAACAGCAACUUCUUCCCAAACCAAGAGAAUCACUGUGACGGCGGCGAUGCCGGUGACGAAGCUUUCAUGAGACGUCAGCCCAAGAAACUGAGUCCGAUCCUGGAGCAGAGCCCGUUGAACGAGGUCAGCGUCAGUCAGCUCGUUCCAUCAACUGAGAGACACGGGACCAUCGUCGGCGAAGGGCUCGCCACGGCGCCACUCAGCCUGACCUCCUCCUCCAUCACCAUGGUGCAGCCUCCGCCUCCUACCAUGCUCUCCUUCAGAGAUCAGACCAUCUGCCCCACCGACGGCUCAUCCGCUCUCAGGACCGCCGGGCCCGACUGGGAGGUGUACACGAGCCCCGAGCAGCCGUCCAAACCGGCGCCCGCUCUGAUCCCGCCUCAGAGCCCGGUCCGACCCUGGAGUGAGCCAUUCACCAUCAUGGAGGAUUUGGACAAACCCACCAGCCCAGAGCGAGUCCAGAAACAAGUCUGCGACGUUCCCAUGAGCCCCGAGUGCGCUCUGAACCCGGACUGGCUCGCCAUAAGAAGCCCCGAGGUCACAUUCAAACCGGACCUGGACGCCUUCCUGAGCCCCCGUCAGCUGAAGAGCCGCGACGUCCCGAUGAGUCCAGAACCACUGAGGCUGUGCGACGUGCCCAUGAGCCCGGUGAUGAUGAGUCCAGACAGAGCGCCAGGCAACGACGUGUCCAUGAGCGCGACACCGGCCCAGACCACCACCGCGGUCCAGCUGAUGUCGGAUCCCUGGGACGACGGACUGAUCUCUGAUCUGCUGUCCAGCCUCACCCCGCCUCUCACGUCUCACCCCCGCUGCAUCACCUGGCCGUGCAACCUGCCGAACAUCAGUCCAAAGAUGACCUUGAGCAUGGGAAACGCGUCGCUGCGAGUCGACUGUGUCCUGGGAGAAGGCGCCUUCGCGACGGCCUACCAGGCGACUGACCCCAUGACCUCAGAGCGGAUGGUGUUGAAGGUCCAGAAGCCGGCCAAUCCCUGGGAGUUUUACAUCAACAUUCAGCUGGACGCUCGGCUGCAUCCCGACGUGCGUCACCUUUACAGCAACGUCCGCUCGGCUCACCUCUUCCGCGACGGCAGCGUGCUGCUCACUGAGCUUCACAACUAUGGCACUCUGCUGAACGCCGUGAACAUCUACAAGACGCUGAGCGACAAGGUGAUGCCCCAGCCGCUCGUCAUGUACUUCACCGUCUGCAUCCUGAACAUGGUGGAGCGGCUGCACGACAUCCACGUCGUCCACGCCGACAUCAAACCCGACAACUUCCUGCUCGGAGAGAGGUUCUUGGAGAACAAGUGUUUCGAGCCGGAGAACAUGGACCACGGCCUCGUCCUCAUCGACCUCGGACAGAGUGUCGACAUGGAGCUUUUCCCAGAAGGCACGGCGUUCACCGGCAAGUGUUUGACGUCGGGCUUCCAGUGCACCGAGAUGCUGAGCGGGAAACCCUGGAACUAUCAGACGGAUUACUUUGGACUCGCUGGGACCGUCUACUGCAUGCUGUUCGGGACGUACAUGCAAGUCACCAACGAAGGCGGCGUCUGGAAGACGAACGGCAUGUUUCGAAGGAAUCCUCACAGCGACUUGUGGCAGGACUUCUUCCACACUCUGCUCAACGUACCGGACUGUUCGUCCCUGCCGGACCUCCAGAGCCUCCGCUGUAAACUGACGUCGGUCCUUCAGCAGAACUACAGCAGCAAGCUGCCGUCCCUGAAGAGCCGCCUGGUGGUUCUGCUGCUGGAGAACCGCAGGGCCACUCGGCGAUGACGACGAGAACUCGCCUGUUGUUUUUUUUUUUAAAGUUCAGAAUGUUUUUUUCAAACCCUCAACAAUUUUCUUUGGUGAAGAAUAAAAUUUGUGCUGAAGUGUC